GCUAAAAAGAUAUUAUGACAAUUCCGUUCUGAGCAUUCUUAUAAUCAUCAUGUUUUCAAUGGGCUGCACAAUUCGUUGGAAGGAGCUGAGCACGAUGAUCAUCUUUGGCAACUAAUGUCGAACAUACAAUCAAGAGGCCGCAAACAUCAAGUCGCUACUUAAUAACAUGCCCUUCAUCAAGGAACUACCACAAAGCAACAGGUGCACAACGCUCAGACGAGGAUUCGACUGGCUCUGUCGAUAAGUGCUUUGCUGCUGUAUGGUCGGUCGCGAAACGCGACCCCGUCUUGUCAUUCCGUAAACGUCAACCGUAGAGGACUAAUGUGCUACUUGGACAGCGCCCCCGGGCAUCUAACUAACGAAAUAAAACGACUACGACUGCCAAACAACUAGGAGACGGCGCUCCGAGUGAUAAACUUGCUAUUAAAGUAGAUUAAGGACUUGUCCUUUGCGUACAUAUUUCUAUCCUUAUAUGCCGUUCAGUGCAUUAGGUCUCACCAUUGGCAUUAGCUGACAUUCUGCUGAUCAACAGCCCUGAUGCACCAUCUGUCCCGACCAUGGUCAGUGUUAACAGGAUUGUUUUCGCAGUUCUUCCUUUUACCGGCUACGUCGUUUGUCCUGAUGAAAACUUUUAACCUGCAGGGUUAUUUUGCACUUGGAAUGCUCAUCCUCUCCUGCUCCCCCUCGGGCACUACGUCCAAUAUUUUUACCUACUACCUGGACGGAGACGUACCCCUCAGCAUCUCGAUGACAGUAUGUUCAACAGUUGUCGCGAUGGUCAUGAUGCCAUUUAAUAUGUGGCUUUACGGUCGUACUUUGGAGACCAGCUCUGGCAUAAAUAUUCCGUACGUUAAGAUGGUACGGUCCUUGGCAUAUAUUACUGCCCCAGUGGGUAUGGGUAUGCUAAUCUUCUACAAGUUCCCUAAGGUGGCGCCCUACAUUACGAAGUUGGGCUCAAUGGCUGCCUUUGCCAUGAUUGGAGUUUCGCAAGUAAUGAUUUUCAUCAUUUUCCCAAAUAUAUUCGUUGCCGUUCCUUCUCAACUCUUUGUUGCCGUCUCCGUUCUCCUUAUCGCAGGCUUACUCGUGGGCUACCUAUUUGCAAUGGUGACAAAACGGUCGAAUAAGGCUUGUCGAACGAUUUCGAUUGAGAGUGGAAUUCAGAAUGUUGGUAUGGCCAUUACUGUGAUUACACUGACGAUCGACAAAUUUCAGGAGCAAGCUCUAGUAUUCCCUUUGUGCUAUAGUUACUACAUGCUCUUUAUGUGCGUGAGCAGUUGCAUCUCGUACAACCUCUACAUGAAAUUCUGCGCCGCUAAAUAUGUAAUCGAUGACGAAAAGAAGGUCCCGCCGCGGAUCGCGGUUGACGCGUGGGUCCCUUCUUCGAAUAAUGCUGACCUGACAACAACCUCUAUUCAAUCCCGCUAGCGUGCAACGGCUGCAAAUCAAAGUCUUCAUAGUACAAUACUCGACACUGUAUUGGCAGUAACCCAUUGAUGCUAUGUUACUUGGAACAGUAAACAACAAUAUAUUAAUGGAUGUUUUUAACUUUUCUCAUUUUAUAAAACUGCCAGUUAAUUUUUAUUUAUUUCAUUUCAAACAACAGUCACGUUCUUUUUCGCUAGUUGACCUUCUAGAUUUUACACGCAGGACCGCUGUUCUAGUGAGUUACCCUGUAACCAUACCUUUCUUGUUUCAUUUAAAAAACGUUUUGAUUGUUCUGUUAUAUAAUAUAAACGUGCGCGAAGUACUAACUGUUAUGGUCACAUAUAUUAAUAUCACAUUGUUUGUCCUACUACUGCAGCCCAACAACCGUGGAUUAACGAGUAUACGUAUAAUAGCACAUUUUUCUACCAUAAACGCAUCCCGCUUUAAAUGCAGGGUUGUUAGCCAUGAAAUGUGCUUUUUUAGCAAACGUUGAAAGCGUAAUUGUGACGUACCUCUCAUCUGGUACGGAAAUUAAUUAGACCCUAAGUAAGCAAGGAGGAGCUCUUAAAUGAAUUGAAUUCUUAUUUAAUUGCUACCACCGGAGGACUAAAUCGCCUGGGUAGCCGCUGAGACGUCGGCCGACUCCCUCAAAUCAAGUAUUGUCUAAAGAAUUAGAACUUUUGAUGAAGUGCACUUAGUCAUGGCUGAUUUAGUAAUCCGGAAAUUGAAACGUGCGUCUGCUAUGCGAGCUUCCAAAAGUUUGCCAAAUUUCAGGACAGCUGAGAGAUUCUAUAGAAUAUCGGAGCCAUGUGGUCAUGCCGCCUUUGAAGAGUGGCCACAGCGCAGACCUUAUUAGCCAGCAAGUCCAAAAGAGCAAUUAGAAACGUAAUUAUAGGAGCCUCGUUGUUGAUACAAGUUGCACAAAUAACGCGACAAAAAAGCUUACAAAAACUCUAUCUCAUUGAUUCUACUUUUGUUCAUGUUGUCAUGCUACGAUUCAUUUAUUUAUAUAUACAUAUAUAUAUGAAUUUAAUCACUUCCGUCUGUAAAUAUGAUCAACGACGCGUUAAUUACGAUAAUCAAAAGAACAGAAAAUAUAUGCUAUGUUACUGUUAACAAGAAUCAAGGAAAUCUGUGUGCUUUUCUUCGUGAUGUUGUAGUGCCUAUGUAUACAACAGACCAAUGGUAGAAUGAAAUACGUAUAGUGUUUACGUAUGGAGCGUCAAAGUACUACUCAGGCAGGUGAUUUAUUUUUUCUCUGAUUUCUGCUGAAGACGCAUAAUCGCAAACAAACAUUAAAAAAAAUUACUAUUAAAUAAUAAUAAAUAUUAUAUUUAAUAUAAAAUUAAAGGUGUUACGCUUCAUGUUGCGGAGGAUAUUAGUUCACGUCUAUGGGUAGCAUUUGUAAGGAUUAUAACUAGUAUUCGGUCUCAAAUGCUCGUGCCAGAGACAUAUUACAGACAACGCGGUUAAAAGCAAUCGAAUCCCGAUGGAAAUUACAAUAAUAUUGAUUGUGAUCAGGCGUAAUCUACCUUGCCAUUCCGGCACCUGAACUGAUCGAAUUUCGUGAGCCUGUUUGUCUAUCAAAACAGCCAGCAGUAAGCCGCAAUGAAAAAUAUAUAGAAACUUUCCAAAUAGGUUAAAUAAUUUUAUUUUGAUUUCUUGGCUUGUUUUGAAAAAUGCGAACUUGGGACACAAUAACGUACUUUCUAACCUAUGGCUUGCGGUGGCACAUGUAGAAGAGACCGCUGUUUCAAAAUUACAAAAUUAGGUUUUAUUUCAUUGUACAAGAUAAUGCAGUAUCGUGUAAGUUACAAAAUAAACUUAGUAAGAUGGCAGUGUUUCUAGAAACAUAUUCUAUCUGCGGGACACGAAGACUUUUGAACUAAUGGAAAAAGUCUCACAGGCUUUCGAAAAAAAUAUGUCUUAGUUGACUGUAUUUAAUAGUUAACGUACAGUUUGACGAUAAGCAAGGUGAAUUAUCGUGCGUAAUGGCGAUCACCUUUAGCUUAAAGAGCAAUGUUCGUUUACCUGAUUUUCGUGGUCAAAGUUUGGUCGAACCUUCGCGGUUGCUAUCAUACGCUGGCUAUGGAUCGCGCCUACAUCAUUGACAACGAAGUAGGCGUUUUUGAGCUGUAAUAGUUACGUAGGACGCAUGCGUAUGCUCGUCUCUCGUUCACAAGCAUCAAUCAAAAUGUCUGUUGCGACAAAAUAGAAAAUGUAAUUUAAGGAUUCUACUUCAGCUGUUUAGCCGCCUCCUUGCUUUGUGUUGAAUACGUUCCUUUGAUAACUCAUAUUUUACGGAUCGACAAACGCUCGCUUGCAAAGUCCAUUUAAAAAAUUAUUGUUGGAGUAUGUUUAUUCCUAGCUUUGCCUGUUAGUGCUUUUCAGGCGUUCAGCUGACAUGGCUGCCCGACAGAAGCUGACGCCUUUUCUAUACACAAAGGGUAGGAUCCUCGUAGACAGACGGCGGCCUAGAAGAGCCUUUAAUUAUUUAGAUAGGUGUGUCGACCGUAAUAAAAAUGUUAAUUUACGAAAUGCUUUCUUCCCAUUUGUUUUUGUCUUCACAUAAGA